AGAUGGAUUCGCAUUGGCUUGAGAAAGCUUCCAGGGGAUACAUUAUUGGGCCACGUCGGAUUUCCCAUAUCUCCGCUUCGCUUCGGAUUGCGUACGUGGCGUUCCCCGUUCUUAUUUGUGGUCGAGCUUCGUUGUCGCCAUUGCUGCUCCCUCCACUCGGAUAAAAUAAAAAAAUCUAGCUCUCCCUCCCUGUGAGUGUGACGAUAGAGAAUCCUCGAUGCGGAUAAACUGGGACAACAUAAAAAAUCUCUGCCCGCCAUUGCUGAUUCAGUUCGGCUUUCACUUCUCCCAAUUAGUUUGGAAAAUUCAAUUCGUACAACUCUGAUAGCAGCAGCUAGGAUAAAAGAUGCAGAGAAUCUUCGGCGCUAAGAAGAACAAGGAUCCUCCUCCUUCCAUCUCCGAUGCCUCCGAUAAGAUUACUAAAAGGGGCGACACUGUGGAAGAGAAGAUUAAAAAGCUGGACGUUGAGCUCAGCAAAUACAAAGAACAGAUUAAGAAAACACGACCUGGACCUGCUCAGGAGGCCAUUAAAGCACGUGCCAUGAGGGUUCUUAAACAGAAGCGCAUGUAUGAGGGUCAGCGUGACAUGCUCUACAACCAGACUUUUAACCUGGAUCAAGUUGCUUUUGCUGCUGAGGGUAUUAAAGAUGCUCAACAAACUAUGUCAGCUCUGAAGUCUGCCAACAAAGAGUUGAAAGGGAUGAUGAAAACUGUUAAGAUUCAAGAUAUAGAUAACUUGCAAGAUGAGAUGAUGGACCUGAUGGAUGUUAGUAAUGAAAUCCAAGAAACUCUGGGUAGAAGUUAUAACGUGCCUGAUGACAUUGAUGAGGAUGAACUCAUGGGUGAACUUGAUGCUCUGGAGGCAGACAUGGGAUUUGAAACCGAAGGUGAUGGCGUGCCAUCGUAUUUGCAGCCUGACAAGGAACCAGAUCUGGAUUCAGAACUCAACCUGCCUACGGCACCUAUGGGACAUGCUGCUAGACCCCAGGCUGAGGAUGAAUUUUCACUACCAGCUGUUCCACGGGCAUCCCUUCGUGGCUAAUGCAGUAGUAGUCUGUACUUACUACCCUUGUGCAUAAUCAAAUUGGAGAGAGAAUCGGCCUUGGAAGGGAAGGGAAGGGAAGGUUAUUAUUAUCAUCAAACACAAUGUGCAGAAUAACAUAUCAUUCUUAACUGGGUGUGCUUGGUGGUGAUUGAGAGGGAUGGCUUAUGUUUGGCAGAGUUCUUCGGUCUUCCUUUUUUUGUUUUUUUUUAUAAAGGACAAACUGCUCUACCAUGGACAUCAGAGGCGUAGUUAUAUGUAACGUUCUGUGAUUGUGAAUGGCAUUGACAUACAAGGGCGUAAUUAUCAUCUUUUUUAGACUUGUAAUAUUACUACUCUUUUUCUUUUAUCAAUGAGAUAACAUUGUUCACUUUCAUGUUGAACUAAAUCUAAAUACAAAGAGUCGUAGUUUCAAUCUGGAACCCUUCAGUUAUAUAAAAGAAAAAAAGGGGUAUACAAUACACGAUGUAUACUUUUGAGAAAUGUAGAGACGGAGGCAAUCAACGGUUCUGUUAAAUUUGCUUCUGGUUUCAUGAAGUUCACCAUCUGCAAGCCGCCGAUGCUAUCGGACUCUCCGGCCUGAGAUAUGGAGGAAGGUGGGAUGUUGAGCACCAUCUUCAGUUUCACUAAUGUACUCUGAUGGUAUAUUUGGUUUGGGGAUCUAGGGAUUUGGAUUUUGUCAACACGUAGCUGAGAGAGAGGGGGUAAAACUCAACUCGAAGUAAGCAAAGACGGAAACCAAUUCAGCAGAUCAUCCUUCCAAAUUAGUCCACCCGAAGUCACGGUCAGUAGCCGAACUGUUUUCUGCAUAUCUCAUCAACCAGGAUAUGGCGAAUGAGCUGGACGGCUUCCACUUCGAGCAGAACCACGGCAAGGCGAGGGUGAGGGUCGCCAGAGUCUGGCGGGCCGAUGGCGGCGGCGAUCACUCCAUGGUGGAAUGGAGCGUCAACAUCACCCUUUUUUCCGACUGCAUCAACGCUUACGUUCGUGACGACAACUCCGACAUCGUCGCCACUGACACCAUGAAAAACACCGUAAUUGACUUCACACCCUCUACUUGAUUUACCCUUUUGUUUCACCUCCGAUUCGGGAUCGUUGAGAUGAAUUGAAAUCCCUUUUCUGUUUCCCCCUUCACCACUAGGGAUGCAUUCACUCAUAUGUUUGAGAUUCCUAGAUUUGGAGCUAGGGAUUUUGUUUCAGUUCUUAUCUGGAUAUCUGAUGGUUCAAUCAAACAGUAACCCUUGGGAAGUGGCAAGAGUUCAUUUAUGUAGUCAGCAGCUUGGCUAAUCCUGUUUGCCGUGUCUUGUUCACUUUCCUAUUCCCUGCGUUGUGGAAAUGGUGUGUAGGUGUAUGUGAAAGCGAAAGAGUGUUCCCAACAGCUUUCAGCAGAGGAGUUCGCAAUUUUGCUUGCGAAGCACUUCACAGCGUUCUACCCGCAGGUAACAUCAGCAAUUGUCAAGAUAGUGGAGAAGCCAUGGGAGCGCAUCAACUUAAAUGGGCAACCACAUGAACAUGGUUUUAAACUUGGAAAUGAGAAACAUACAACAGAGGCCGUAGUCAAGAAGUCUGGUGGGUUGAAGUUGACUUCUGGAAUUGCAGGACUGUCUGUACUGAAAACUACCCAGUCAGGUUUUGAAGGGUUUGUCAGGGACCAGUAUACUGCUCUUCCUGAAACCCGUGAGAGGAUGCUGGCCACUGAAGUCACUGCCAUAUGGAGAUAUUCGUACGACUCCAUCUCCAAAGUCCCUCAGAAACCCCUUUACUUCAAUGAGAGAUAUUUGGAUGUGAAGAAUGUAGUUCUCAGCACAUUUUUUGGUCCUCCCAAGGGCGGAGUAUAUAGUGCUUCCGUUCAAAGCACUCUUUUCCAAAUAGAGAAGGCCGUACUGAUAAGAUUCCCUGACAUAUCAUCUGUCCAACUGAAAAUGCCAAACAUCCACUUCUUACCCGUCAAUAUUUCAACCAAGGACAACACGAUUGUGAAGUUCAACGAUGACGUGUUUCUGCCAACUGACGAGCCUCAUGGAUCAAUAGAAGCAACUCUCAGUCGCUUCUGGGCAAGAAUGUAGAACAAGGAGAAGAAGAAGAUACAGCAAGAGGGAUCAUGUUGUGAGUUUCUGACUUUUGCUUUCACGCCAUGUAAUAAGCUGCAAUGCAGGACCAAAUGUAAAUUACAGUGUGCAUUAGACAAUAAUAAUGUGACAGAAACCGGACACAUUACUAUUACAUGGCGAGUCUCCCUGCCUCCGUCCCUCGGUUAACUCUCAUCAUACUGAUUGAUAGUCUAGAAAACAAAGGGGAUGAUACACUUGACAUGAGGAGGGAAAUCAUCGAACUUGGAGAGGUACCACUCUCUGGUUGCUUUGCUCCUUCCCAUCAGGUAGAGACUUGUCCCGACUGCGACGCAGAAGGAAUAGAUGGUCUGCGAGAUGAGGGCGAUACCGUAGAAACCCAGGAUCUCAAACAGAUAAUGAGGGCAAAUCACCAGCUCAAACAUCCCACCCUUGGGGAUCUUGUACUCUUUCUUCUUGCCGUCAUCGCCGGACGAUCUCAGCUUGGAGAGCAAGUAACGGUGGUAGAAAUUGCCUGUGAUUCCAACGAGGAAGAGCACGAUUCCAUAGAGCUUCAAAUCCACCGCUGGAUCUGGGAGCAGAGCCUCCUGCGUCAAAAGCUGGGUGUAGAUUGUGAGGGCUGUAACGGUGAAGUAGCUUAGACUGAUCGGAAUCGCUGUUCCGGCGGCCACUGUACCACUGAACUUGUGUACGAACAGUGUCUACAAUCAAGGAAUAGAAAUCAUCAACUUUCCGAUCUUGAUAAUUGGACUCCACUGAAUUGAAUUGGAACUGUGAGUGCGUUUGUACCUCGAGUACCCUUUUGAAGAAAUGCAAGGCGAGGGCGGACUCAACGAGGAGGAGCCUGGAAGAUGAAGCCCCGUUUCCGCCAUGGUUAUGAUGGAGAAAGAGCAGGGAGGCAAAGGCGGCGAGGAAGGCCGGUGUGUAGGCCACAAGCAUCCCGGCUCUGCUGGGGAUGGAGGACCAGGACGAAUUCGCCGUCGAAGUAGAAGCGGACGGUUGGUCGGAGAACUUGGAGUACUUCAUGUGCUUGCCUCGGAGCUCCGACACACCGGCGUUCCCCAGCGACACUACUCCCACCACCGACAUCGCCGCGACCAGCAGCGACGGCGGCGGUUGGAACAUUACCGCUCUCACCAAACUCAUCACCCCCUCCAUUUCUAUCCCAAUUCCGGUUUCGAUUUUCUUCCCAAUUAUGAAACCACGGCUCUACUGAGUAGUCGUACUGAUCGCUCUGCUUUUUCCUCUGCUUUUUAUUUUCUCCGCUUUUCCUGUUCUCCAACUCCAAGGGCUUUGUUUCUGGGCUGUCUAGUAAAGCAGUCGUUUGGAAGCCCAAUUAUGGGGAAACUUG